AUGGCGGCGCUCUACAAGUCCAUCACGACAUUGGAACAACAACAACAGAAGAGGUCCCAGCUGAUGGAAACAUAUGGAGAAUUAAUGCAAGCUAGACGCCAACUGAGAGAUCUCACAAAACGCCACCUACGAUCUUUACAACACUCCAAAGGGUUCUUCUACACCGAUGCCAACAAAGGCGGCAGAUACCUAGCAAGGCUCUUGAAAGGCAAUGCCCCUCGCACACAGGUCCGCACCCUGCGCCUUUCUUCGGGCGCCUUGACUGCAUUUCCGGACAAAAUAGCCGAAGAAUUCGGGCGCUACUACCAAUUGCAAUACAACCUACAAGAUCGAAACAGACGGUAG